AUGAGGGUUUGGCUGCUGCUUGGUCUCCUGCUGGUGCACGAGGCGCUGGAGGCUGUGGAGCAGAGAACGGUGGCUGGAAGGCGCUGGUCCAGCCUGACGUGCUCCGAGUCACGUGUCUCUUGUGUUCACAGUGUGAAGCAGCACGAGCGCUAUGGCCAGUUGACGCUGGUCAACUCCACCUCGGCGGACACGGGCGAAUUCAGCUGCUGGGGGCAGGUCUGCAACGGCUACAUCUGCAGGAGGGACGAGGCCAAAACAGGCUCCACCUACAUCUUCUUUACAGAGAAGGGGGAACUUUUUGUACCUUCUCCGAGCUACUUUGAUGUUGUCUACCUGAACCCAGACAGACAGGCUGUGGUUCCUUGUCGAGUGACCGUGCUGUCAGCCAAAGUGACGCUGCACAGGGAGUUCCCAGCUCAGGAGAUCCCAGCCAAUGGAACGGACAUCACCUACGACAUGAAGAGAGGCUUCGUGUAUCUGCGGCCUCAUUCUGACCACCAGGGGGUGGUCUACUGCAAGGCGGAGGCGGGGGGCAAGUCCCAGAUCUCUGUCAAGUACCAGCUGCUCUAUGUAGAGGUUCCCAGCGGCCCCCCAUCAACCACCAUCUUGGCCUCCUCCAACAAAGUGCAAGGUGGGGAUGGCAUCAGUGUGCUCUGCACUGUCCUGGGGGAGCCUGACGUCGAGGUGGAGUUCAGGUGGAUCUUUCCAGGGCAGAAGGAGGAAAGGCCCGUGACAAUUCAAGACACUUGGAGGCUGAUCCACAGAGGACUCGGACACACCACUCGGCUCUCCCAGAGCGUCAUUACAGUCGAAGACUUUGAGACCAUUGACGCAGGAUAUUACAUCUGCACAGCUCAGAAUCCUCAAGGGCAGACCACAGUAGCGACCACUGUUGAGUUUUCCUGAUUUGGAAAAUGAACUUAUGGAAAGCCCAUUUGUAUGCACAAUCAGCUUUGGUGUUCUUUUUAUUAGCUCUUUUUAUAUAGCCAGACGCUGAUGUCAAGUGCCAAACCCAACUCCUGCCUUGUGAUUCAGACCCAGACAUCCAAACUAGAAGGAAGUCAUCAGGUCUAUUAAUAGAAUUGUUAACUUCUCUAACAGAAAGCAUGUAUUUUCGAUUGUUUACCUACACACGUGUUUCUAGUUUUCAUACUAAGGCGAAAUUUAUGUAAACAACUUUAUAUAAUCAUUUCUAUUAAAUGAGCAAGUUUUUUGUAAAAAAUAAAAAAUGGGCUAAGUGCUCGUUUUUUUUAGUUGGCUUGAAACACAUCCAGGAGGACUGGUUGGCAGUGAUACUCAGGUCGAUACCUAGUAUUCUUUUCGAUAUAACAAUCACAAUAUAUUAGAAUUUUAAAAUGUGCUAAUAUAUAGUUCAACUUCUUAUUCAUAAGCAGCAACUCAAUUCAAAUGCUUAGACGUGUUACUUUUCCUCAGUAGCAACUUUAAAGCUAAGGUGAGUUAAUUUAUGAAGGUACUGAAAAAAAAUCAUGUUUUUUCUUUAACUGAUGUACUCAAAAGCACUAAUUCUAGAUUAGUCUAUUCAAUAAGGACUAGAAUAUAUGUUUUUAAAAGUUUAACCUUCAAUAUAAAACAGAUGCAUUAAGAUUCAACUUUAGACAUUUUUAUCUUCUUCAAAAAUAUUUACACCAUAGCUGUUGCAAUUUUCUUGUUACACAGCAGGAAUUGAUAAAACCAGCCAAAAUUUCUCAAAUACACAUAGCUUUGAAUUUAGAAAAGCUUUGCGCUAACUCUAGUUCUGUGAGCCAAAUUUCAGCCCAUGACCAAUUUUGCGGUUGCAUUAGAAAUUCCAGGGAAAUAGCCUAAGAGGAGACACAAUCUUUGCUGUGCUUCUGAGAAGGACUGUAAACGGGUAACGCUUUGAAGAGUGAAGUAUGUCAGAGACUGCAAUGCUUAUAUUGAAGAUUCCAGCAUUAUUUAUUUGAUCAAAGUAAAAUACACUUUCCAUUACUAAAAACUGAGCACAACUACAGUUGUUUACACAUCCAUAUUUUUAUGACGUGCCAACAUUUUGCAUCCUACAUAAAACAUUUGGUUUGAAAAAUUAAAGUUCUCUAUUUUAUUUCCUA